CUAUGCUCGUUGUUUGCAGGUCUGCCUUCUCGUUUUGAGAACGUAUAUUAACAUACAGAGUAAUUUAAUUCAACGACUUCAUGCAGUUCAAAGACAAUGUCACAGACAACGUCUACGCACAAGACGACAAAUAGCCUUAGUGAUGAUGAGAAGACGGACGGCAACUGUGUGGUCACAUCCGCGAGAGCACCGCUGGUGGGACGUCAUUGUGCCUGAAUUCACUCCAGAAGAAUUCAUCCAGAAUUUCCGAGUCUCGCGGGAAUCUUUCGAGUACAUAUGUCGCCGUCUCAGACAUAUGCUCGAACGAAAAGACACCAAUUUCCGCUUGAGCGUACCUGUAAAAAAACGAGUUGCCAUUGCGCUCUGCAAGCUCGCCACUGGCAGCGAGUACCGAUAUGUCAGUCAGCUUUUCGGGGUUGGCGUGAGCACGGUAUUCAACUGUGUGCAGGACUUCUGCAAUGCCGUCAUUAAAAUUCUUGUGCCCGUGCACAUGAAAUUUCCAAAUCCCGAGAAGCUGAAGGAGAUGGCAGACGUUUUCGAGAAUCGCUGGAACGUACCACAGUGCGUUGGCUCAAUUGAUGCACACCACAUCCCAAUAAUAGCGCCUGAAAAAAACCCUCGUGGCUAUCUUAACCGAAAAGGCUGGCAUUCGGUGGUACUCCAAGCAGUAGUAGACGGCAACGGACUCUUCUGGGAUUUAUGCGUUGGUUUUUCUGGAAACCUAAAUGAUGCGAGGGUGCUACGACAGUCUUACUUAUGGAGUUUGUUGAGUGAAGGAGAACUGCUGAACCACAACAAAGCAGACAUCUCCGGUUGUGAUGUUGGAUACUACCUAAUUGGAGAUUCAGCUUAUCCCUUGCAGACCUGGUUGAUGAAGCCGUUUCCCGAUAUUGGUGGACUGAACCCGCAGCAGGAAAACUUCAACUCCAGAUUGAUUAGCGCAAGGUCGGUUUCGGAUCUGAGCUUCAAGAAGCUGAAGGCACGAUGGCAGUGUCUCUUUAAGAGAAAUGACUGUAAAGUGGAGCUGGUAAAGAAGAUGGCUUUGACCUGCUGCGUGCUACACAAUAUCUGUGAGGAAAAAGGGACUCAGUUUACCGAGGACUAUUCAACUGACCAUUUGAACUUGCAGCCUCCUGUUCAGGCAUUAAUAGAGAACGGACAACCAGAAGGAACGGACGUACGAGAAGCAUUAUCAGACUUCUUUAACAGACAGAGUGAUAUUAUUCAAGUAGUAGUUUAAUGCUGUUAUGGUUUUCGCAUUCUUGGUGGAUUUUUUUAAUGAAUGUUCUUAUAAUUGAUGUGUAGAGUAUACAGCGGGGAAAAUAAGUAUUUAACAUGUCAUGUUUUUUUGGUUCUGUGGCUCUCAUUAGGGAUGUGCACAUUGAUGCCCGUUAUUGAUAUAUCGAUACUCAAUCUUUGAAUUUGGUAUUGAUAUUUUUUUAAGUAUUGAUAUUUCAAUAAUUUCUACAUAACUAAAUGUUUUAGUGCUGUGUACAGAAUUGUCGGUGAUGCUUUGUAUACAAGACGUUACACCAAUCAAUCUGCGGCGGAAAGUGACGUGAACACUCAUGUGCUUUUCAGAUAACUUAAACAUACUCAACACUCGCAAGUCACACACUUCUUCAUUACGGAAUGACAUGAUGGCAGAGAGGAAACGCAGCAUGUUGUGGUGCUCAUCAGCUGAAAAAGCGUUGCGCGAGCAAUAUUUAUGAUAAGAAAGUCAUACACAGCAACAAUAUAAGCAGCCUUUAUAAACACUUACAGACAACACACCCUGAAAGUUAUAAAGGGGAACAAAAACAAGCUGCCCACCCAUCCUCUGUUCAGUCUCCCUCUGUCCAACGAAAGACAUUAUAGGAGUUUUAAAGGAGGCAAACCCCUCUCUCUCUCUAAGUCAAAAUUAUUAGCCCCUUUAAGCUAUAUAUUUUUUCGAUAGCCUACAGAACAAACCAUCAUUAUACAAUAACUUGCUUAAUUACCCUAACUUGCCAAGUUAACCUAAUUAACCUAGUUACGCCUUUACAUGUCACUUUAAGCUGUAUAGAAGUGUCUUGAUAAAGAUCUAGUAAAAUAUUAUUUACUAUCAUCAUGGCAAAGAUAAAAUAAAUCAGUUGUUAGAAAUGAGUUAUUAAAACCAUUAAGUUUAGAAAUGUGUUGACGGCGGCUAAUAAUUCUAACUUCAACUGUGUGUGUAUGUAUGUAUGUAUGUAUAUA